AUGCAAAGCCAGCUUGAUAGCAUUCUGGAAGAGGAGGAUGCUGAGGUGUUGCGGAGUGCAUUCGAUUCAACCAAGGUGAGAAAAACAUAGUUUUUUAACCCAAGUUUCUGAACGAUAAACUUUGUAGGUGAAAUGACAGGUAUGCUUUUUUCGACUACGACUGAAACACCUGCCAACCUGUCCUGGGAAACAAUCUCCACUGCGAGCGCCUUUCCUGAAUAAUUUUCGGUUUGUGAUUGAUGGAGAACUCGAGAAAAUAUUUCUCGUUGCUCUGUAAAUGAUCUGAGAUUUUAGCCUUGGGCGCAAAGCCUUUCUUUUUUUUUAGGCUUAUCUAAAGUAUAGUUUGUUUAAGACUUAGCGUAAGCGUUGCUGGAAUUAAUAGAGACCAGUUCGGGGACACUUUGAUAAUAUGAAGAAACCCCGCUGGAGAACUCUUUGUUCCGUUGACAUUGCUUUUUUAAAGCGGACUUUUAAAAUUACCCCAUAGUUUACAGAAGAGCUCCAUAUGACUUCAGUUUCAUUUAAAAUACUAGCAGAGUGUCCUUGCGAUCUUAAACACGCAAACGUUCAGUGAAUAGAGCAUUUAUUUCUGUAUAGAAAUGUUUGCUGUAUUAGGACGGUUACUUGUCACGGAUUGCUGAAGUGCGCCUGUCACGAAACUAUUGCGUGACCGUGUGUCUAUAAGGAGCAUUCUUCUUAGGGUAAAUAUAACUUUUUGCUGCAAGGCAGCAUUUGUUUUCUUACCGAAUUAGAUAAGGAGAUUUCAUUUCUUCCAAAAGCUCACUUUGAGAAGGGAUGGCUAAUUGCCUUAGGCAACUGAGAUUUGUAAUUGAAACUUUGUUUGAAAACAAAUCAGCUGCCCUCUCCCGAGGUCUGACGUCCGAUCAAAGUACCCCCUGCUAGGUCAACAUCAUUAAACUGCAUCCAAAGGACAGACGAAUAGAAAAUUUCCAAUGGAACCUGCUAUGUUUUACUGAAGUAUUCAGAAUGCUCGAACGAUAGUAAUAACAAAAACUUUGCCCCAGGAAUCUAUUAAAACAAAUUUAAGUUCUCCUCUGAGUAAAGUGGUUUAGUGGGUCUAGGGAUAACAUAAUUUUACUUAGCUAAGUAAAUUUAAGCUUUCUGCACUGAUAUAUUUCUUACAACUCUAGCCCUGAGAAUUUGUGGAUAGAUAAGGAAAAUCUCCUAUUUGAUGUCCUUCUUUUGAUAACUCAAGGAGAAAGAUACUUUUGGUCAGGUGUGGGACUGAGACAUGGUUUAUUGCCUUUGUCAGUUAGCUGAGGUGUUAGUGUAUAGAAAGGCCAGGUGUUGUACCUUUUUUAUCCUAAUCAAGUAGAAUUGCAGCCACCUUAAAAUCGGGCAAAUGAAUUGAAGAGAAAAGAGAUAGCCAAACCAAACUGAUAAGGUAAAGCUGAGCUUUACGAAGUCAAUCCUUCUUAGCCUCGAGUGAGGCGAGAAUGGUGCUACCGUCUGAUACUUCUGUUGACAUACUCCCAAUCUUUAGCUCAUAUCAAACAACGCAAUUACAUGCAUACCGGGCUCAAAUAUAAUGGAUCUGAAUGAGCAAUGACUUUUUCUUUGGCAGGAUGAUAAUUCCAAAUAGAGGGAUCUGUGCAACGCUCUCGUUCAAUCAUGCCAAAAAUUGAUGAUAUUUCCUGUUUACAGAAAAUUUACGUCAUCGAUAUGAAACAGUAAUCUUUACAUUAGUUUGCUGCCCACAUUUCAAGGCAACGGCUGUAAAAAUAUUCAUCAAUCUUGUCGAGCAUUUAACAUGAAGGAUAAUCCACUCAGUAAGGUGGAGAUUAUGGCUUAUGGAAGAUUAGAAUCCACUUAGGGAGCUUAAGAUUAUAAACCAAGAAUCGAAAUGUGAUAUGUCACCUUUAAAGUACACCGUUCUUUUGUCACUAGUGAUUAUCAAGAAUGUCACAUGCUGUUUUUAUACCUGAUUUUUUUUUUAAAAUCAGUUGUUCUCUAACUGACAUCAACCUUUCGCUUGGCUUAAGUUUUAUCAUUUACUAACUUGAUGCACAGCGAAAUCACUUUUAAAAAUUUAGAAGGAGAACACCAUCCAGGCCAAUUAAGGCGCUGGACUGUGCACUCAGGUAAGAUGAAUUUUUUUUUCGUCACAGCACACCUUCAGCUGAGUGAACCAGAUUAAGUGAGAUAUUAAAAUUAAAAAAAUUUAUCAUAUUUAUGUAGUACCGAGGUUUAGUCACGACAUUUUGAAACAUUGUUAUAGACAUUCUUGGGAAUCAUGGCAAACUUUGUUAUUUGAACAUGACCCUUCGUUGUCUUCUUUCAGUUUAUAGCCAGUUUGCUCUCCAAUUCUCCCUUAACAAGAAAGCAGCACUGAGAUAUUAAUCUUUUACAGGAAUUAAUAGCUUACCGCCAUAGCGGAUUUGAUUCGUGACGAAUUCUCAACCAAAAUGCCUUUAAAGAACACGCCGUUUAUUUGCCUUCAACACAGCUUUUCUUUACCUGAUUAAGUACGUGCAGACCAACGUGCCUGUCUGUGGUUUCUCUGCAGCUCUCGCUCAUCCUAUCCUUCCGAAACUAACGUGCUUUCUUUAGAUAAUUCUGUUUGAUGUGGCAGAUGUGACGAAGUGAGUGUCUCCCCACAUAUUUCCUCCGGUGUUCCUCUACGUAAAAAAAAAUGUCUUGGAGAUUUGAUAACAGCUAACCACGCAGUUCAACGUCUUAUUUGAUUGUCCACGGUUGGUCCUUGCCAUAUUCUGCAUUUUCUAAGUUGUUCAUUCACAACUACUUUAUCUGUUCAGAACAACGCUUGAAAUAGAACUUACCUGAUACUCAGGUGGUUUGUUUUACUGUUAACCCUUAUCAAAAAUACGUAAACCUUAGUGAAAAAACUUGAGCUUGUGUAAUCUUAAUUUUCUGUCUGAGUUUUCUUGUGAAUGUUGCGCGCGACAUUAACAAUUAUUGCAGUGGUCCGUUGUAAAAAAAUUCAACCAGUUUGGCCGAGAGAUUUCCACUCAAGUUGUUUCAGUACAAGUUUCAAUGCUUCAUUCAUGUUUCAAUAUUGCACAAUUGAGUUUUAUUUUCAGAAGACGCCCACGCCUGUCGCUCAGUGCUGUGUGUACUCGAACAUGACCUUUUUAGUUGACGAGCUUAAGAAUUUUAUGAAUUUCAACUAUUUGGGUAGUUUUUUUCCGGCCCUAUCAAAAAUAUCACCGCCAUCUACUAAUAAUACUGUUUCACACGUAAUUCGUGUUGAGCGCUACUAAAUGUCUGGUAAUAGCUUAUUUUGUCAAACAGACAAAAAAUGUAUCUUGACUUCUGAAUAUUGCUUUCAAUUAAUCAAGUUGAUAAUGUACUUCAGUUAGCUUGCACAUCAGUCUGGCGUCUAAUCAAUAAACACAAACUAAAUAAGGGAACUCUUGUUUACUUUUGCGGCGAAGAUAAAAAUUAGCCGUGACUUGAGAGGAAAUGAGGGCAGUUAGAAGUGUGUUUUUGUUUUGAAAUAGAGCUUAAGAUUAGGAAUUUUAAGGAGGAUCUACGUAAAAAAGGUCACGUCAUGUAAUCGGGGUACAAGUAUCAACUCCUCCUUCAAUUGUCGAUGAAAGUACAAGUAUUUCAUAUCUAACACACGUACGGUGCACACUGCAACUACUAUUCGAAGCGCUUCUGCGUUCCAUGUUUAACAAAGCAAUUCAUCGUCAAAGGACUUCACUGUAGUGGAACAGAUUUAUAGGGGACAAUAUAAGGUAUUUUAAUAUACAACUGUUUCGAUGUAAUAUUAUUUAUCCUUGCGGCUUUUGCAUUGAAAGCCACUCCAUUAGUUACGUCGUGGAAUUUUGAUGCAGUAACGGAGGUUUGUUGUUUAAAUGAAAGCUUUGCAUACUUUUCUUUUUUAAUUAUCCAAUGUUAUCCUUUGUUUGUUCUUUAAGUUUUUACAUCACCAAGCUUUGAACUGUACCACUUCUCUUUAAACUAAAUGAGCACCUAUUGAGUCACGGCCUUCUUCAGAAGUUCUUUAUGGGUCAGUACUUUAUUCCAUGUCACUCAUUUGAAUUAUGUUAGAUAUGAGUUAACAGAAUGCCAGACAGUCUUUAAUUUUUGGCCAAAAUGUAACGCAGGUUUGGUUGCAUUUUCGUAACCAUGUUCAAAGAUCGCGUGUUCCUACGAUAAAUGUGACUUCCUGUAUUUGUCUACACCACCUAAUUGGCGUAAUAUUCGAUUCUAUUUUUAUUUCAACGUUGUUAAACCGAUCAACAACCAACCGCUGUAACAUUGAAUUCUUAAGAUAUCCACUCUAAUUCUAAGAUAUUUCUUACCCCAUCGAUGACAAUCUGCAAUUAGCCUGAGUUUAUUGAGGCCAAGAGGGAGAAGAUAGCAAAAACAUCUUGCAUUUUUUUAAGUUUUUUUUUUUUUUUUUUUGACUCAUGAAACCGCGAUAUUUCCUCCCGACAAAUCGUCCUGUUUCAAUCUUCAUCAAGAUUUUUUUUUUUUGCAAGGUGCUUUGUCCGGCAGAUUAUGUAAAUGAAUGAUAAGCCUAAUGGCCGUGAACAAGUAGGUCUGUUGAGUUGAGUUUUUUCAUCUUGUUCUUCUUCUUUUGUUAGACCGGUGUACAUGUUGAAAAGUCUCUUAUCUGUAAUUGACAACAACCUCAUUAGUGACAACUGCUGUUUUUAUUGCCUCCUAUUAUCUACGUUAAUGUUCGCGAGUGCUCGUUUCUGAUAUCUGAUUUAUUUGCCCACAUUCAUACCGCGUUUUUAGUUUCCAGUUUUGAAACUGCUUAGCUGAACGUAAACAUGCAACUUCCUUCGAACGAAACCACGCAGAUGACACGGUAUCAGCCAGAUUUCAAAGGGUUUCCUACGUCAAACUAAGUUCGACACGAAAUAAUGCAGAAUUCUUCCCACCAGUAAAUCUCGAAGCAGAGACUGGAGGACGAAUUAAGGCGAAAAUCACACGAACUUAGAAAGGAUUAGUUUUCUAAUCCUAUGUUUACUCACACUGAAGUUUAAAUUCUGUUUCUUUGUUUCGCAUAUAUGAUGUCUCGCUCAUUUAAGCUUCUUUUUAGCUCCAAACGACAGUGCAAUUGUCAUGUUAUUCAGAUUUUCAAUUUCAUGUCAUGUUUUGGUAGGAAAACGAAUUAACCAGAGUACUUCAAGCAGUGAUCGAAAUGAGAAAUCUUAUUAUCAUUUAGAUACUUCUUAACAGACAAGAAGGAAGAAAGUAAUCUACUUGGAAUUCUUGCCUUUAAGUAAAACCAAAUUCUCUGCAAUCACGAGCCAACCGAGAUUUAUAUGAUCAUCAGUUCGCAAAAUUGGCUUUGAGAGAUUUUGGAGAGAAAUCCCGAGAUAAGUAAUGAUGUCAGUUCUUGUAGUUAAAUACGCCUUACAGCAUACAAAUCGUAAUAAAUUUCAAAUAUGUCAUUUAGGCCUAUGAUGAUGUUGAUUAGGUCAGGAAAGCAUCCAUAGGCUUGGGAUAACCAAUAUACACGGGAUAACCAAAGGUGGAGGACCUGUUGGGAAUAAGUGGUUUUUUUGUUUACAAAGAAUUCCAUAAUUUACUCGCCUAUAUCGCUUAUAAAAUUUUAUUCGUAAGAAUGUUAUAAGAAUUUGAAAAAAAAAAAAAAAAAAAAAACGUAGCUGCGCAUUCCUCUUAAGGAAUUUCCAGUUUUACUGCUAGAUGUUGUAGAUUUCCGUACAUUGAACCAAACUGUCGGCCUCUUUAUCAGCUAGUUCAGUGCAUCAUUGUAUAUCAUGUCUCAAUAAAAUGGAAGCUUUACGAUAGACAGCGGAAAUCCGCUACGCUUUGGUCAUCGCUGCUUCAAACAGACCAACCACAUUGUUUCGUUUUUAUGUUGGAUAUUUUUUCUUGACUCUCUUUAAAUUCACAGACAGCGCUUUGAGAGGAUAGUUUAAAAAUGGUUGAGUCUUUGUUUAUUAUAUGAGUUCCGAUUGUAAUGGUGCCCAAAGUCCCAGCUCUUCAGAAUUUUAUGCCGGUGAUAUGUAAACCAUUUCAAAAGCAUCCACUUUUCGGACAAGUGCUCGAAUCAAAUUUAAGAAUUCUAUCAAUUUUAAGUGGUUCUUCCCUAACAGCUUUGAUUAUUUUCAAUAAGUAGGCAUACCAUGAGAUAAACAAAGAAACAUUUAAGUUAGUGUAAAUAAUAACACUCAAAAAAUAUCACUCAGAACCACAUAUUUUUUUACUAUUAUCACCAAACACAAGGUGUGUUUAAUCCCGCCCGAGAAGAAAAAUUGGCGCAAGGGAGCAAAAAGCUAGAAUUUUUUAUUCCUUGUUAUUUUGUUUAUCUCUUUAUUAUGUUUAUCUCGUUAUGCAGCUUUGUACUUACCUACCAAGCUGAUUAAAACUUAUCCUAUCCUGAACAUAAUUUGGUCCCUCACAUGUAGUAAUGGCAAUAACACGAUUUCGAGUGCAAUUUGGUUUUAAUAAGCGCGAGUAAAUUUUUUAAAUACAACAUAAUUGCAUGAGCCUGUAUUAAUAAUUACAUGAAAAAGGCAUUACAGAAAGUCAAGACAGGAGAAAUUUUGACAGUGCAUGCAUACUAUUUGUAGUUGCAAUCGUGUUGCAUGAGAAUGCACUCGUUUUCAGCCAUCCAGAAGCGUGUUAAUUUUUUCCACGAAUAUUAUUACCAUCGUAAGCUUCCGUAAUUGUACAACGUUUUGCAUCAAAUUCUUACAAAAUUUACUACAAAAUGUGGUUAUGGUCGAUUACCAGAGCGCCAUUAUUUAAGCGGAUUUACGUAGGCCAAAUAAUUGACACGAAAUGUCCCUUAGCUGUAAAAAGUAUACUAAGUAUCUAUGCAAUACAAUUAGUUUCCGUCUUUAUUUUAGUUACCGUUGUCGCUGUCGAUCUAAUUCUUGACUAAUUAUUCUUAUCUAUGGUGUAAUUGAUGUUGCAUGGCUCAAAGGAACCAAAUGUAUUGUAGUUCGGCAAACAUGACAACAAUAACAACAACGACAACAAAACAGCAAAAAGCAGAUUAGAGUCACUUCGUCAUUACAAAGCCGCUAUUCAGGAGAUGAAGCCUUCUAGCGCUGCGAUAAAAAUACCAGCAAUGAGGUGCAGGACUAUUGCGUUAGAAAUAGUCACUUAUCGGUUAAUCUUACAUACAAGUCUUGAUUGUGCGCAACCUUAAGAGAAAUUAAAGAACAUUUGCAAUUUUUUAAAUUCCAAUGGGUACCGAUUCAAAACUUUUAUUAAAUUCAAAAGAUUUACAAGUUAACCAAAGGUCUGUUUUCUUAAACCUAUUUAAAAAAAUUAGUUAAUUAAGUUAAUAGUUUAUUAUUAGAAUUAUGAAAUUUCGGGCUAACAUAGUUUUUUCCGCCGCAAAAUGAAUCAUUUAAGAAAUUUACAUUUAAGAUUCUUUGCUUAAGGUUUUCACCAAGACGUGGGGAGGAAAAACCUACGAGAAAGUGUUUGAAGGAUCACUCUUAGUUGACAAAUUGACAGAAAAAUCACCAGAAAGGUUUCCAACUCGAGAAAAAGCGACAGAGCUUCUUCAGAGCGUCCUCAAAGAAGGAAUCAUUAAAAGCAUUGGCAGAUCUCGACUUUACGAGGACGGUUCACAGUUAUUUUAUUGGAGUGAAACUUCACAGACGCCGAGCAACAUGGCGACUACUGCUAAUUUAAGAACACAGGUAUGAGUUACAAUUGUAGUUUAUAGACAUCGUUUAUAUAUUAAAAUUUUCUUCCAUUUUCAUUUCAGUAUCAGUGACAAUUGAGAAAUAUAGAGAUGAAUUUUGACUGAAGAUCUUUCUUUCUUUUUGCUUACAUUUAAAACUUGAUGUGUUUUCUAUUUCCGUGUUUUUAUCUUCUCUCUUGCUUAAUUCAAAACUAGAGAGUUUGGUCAGAAUUACAAAAGUUUUUUUUUUAAAGAAGGAUCGAGCUUCGGUAAUUUUCGGUGGACUUCAAAGCGUCCGCCAAACGCUGAAAGGGGAUUCUUGGGAUAAACCGCUUUUGCUGAUGACAUCAAUUGGAUUCUCACCGAAAAUACAUUGUUUAAACCAAGAAGGACUCCAGAAACACUUGGAAUGUUUUCAAGUGUACAAUGCCUUGAGUUUAGCUGAGUUCAGUCGUAUCAAUAGGAUGUCACAAUGUUUAAGUAGAGGAGCAUGUGAUGCUGUCAUAGAAACGCAUGGCGGGAAUAGAAUCAUCAUUUACCAAAAAUUCAGCUUAAAUGUUGACACUUUAAUUUGAAGAAGUAAGAGUUUUUUCCUGAAAGAAAAGUUCACCAAACGAGCAACAAUUCUUCUCCACAGCGCCUCACCAAAACGCCCCAAGAUGAAGCGAAGCCCGCAUGGGUAACACCUAAUUUGAAAAAAACGGGAAAUCGACCAGGAACGUUGCCGUCCAGACGAAUGGAAAUCAACACAGCUUCACGCGUGGCGAAAAAUGCAACUUCUGAAGGGGCAAAUGAGGAGAGGAAGGUGAAUGCCACAAAAUCGCUCUCCAGAGGAUUAGCUGCCCUCCUUGAAAGGGAUCAAGCGUUUAGCUCCCAAAAUGUUGAGGAUGAUAGCUGGGAAGACGAGAAAGAAAAGAAAGCAGACAACAGUGAAAAUGCUAAUUCAGGAAACGGUGAAAAAAACAACAGCAAUGAUCAACAUAAACUAGAAAAUUUCAAACUGCAAACCAAACAUUCUUCCCUUCCGCGCACCAUUUACAAGGCUCCACAAGUUCAACAGGUUCAAACUGGUUUGGUAACCAUGCAUAGGGCUCCACAAGUUCAAAAAAUUCAAACCGGUUCUGUGAAUGAUGACAUAAAAUCCACUGAGCACCAAAAUGGUGGGAUUAUCCCCAUCAAAAGAGCCGUCCAAGAAGAAAAAGCUCAAGAAGUGAAAGCCGCCACACAGAUGUUCGUGGCUAAAGCUCCAAUAAUUGUUCAGGGAAGGAAGACUGCACACAUGUCCCCUCAAGAGACAACAACUGAUGACAAAACUAAGACCGAGAAAGUUGAUAUAACUACCCCAUCCAUAAAGACAUCGCCUUUUAUAACUCCAAAAGGUGCUGGAGAAACUGCAACCUCAAGGGUCCGAAAAAUCUCGCCCAUCAAAAUGGUAAAUGGCUUCCAUGAUGAGGGAAAAAUUGAGAGUCUUCCAACCAAGCAGUUGCCUUCUACAGGAACUGAUUCUCAAGCACCAAAAGAAAAAGAAACUGUUGACUUUCUGAGGGAAGAAAUUGAGCGAAUCAAAGCUGAGCACCAACUGGAGAUAUCAAAAUACCAAGAGAAAAUAAACGAAAUGAAGCAAGAAUUUGAACAAGCGAAAGACAUGACGCCUUCUGAGGGUACAAUGGAAAGUGAGGCUUCCUCUGACCUGUCCAGGUCCAGCUCAAUGUCCAGUAUAUCCGCCCCCGCCCCACCUCCGCCACCACCUCCACCCCCCGCCCCUGGGUCUGCAAGUCCUCCCCCACCACCUCCCCCUGUUCCUGGUGCUUGUCCACCCCCUCCACCUCCUCCAAUAGGACCUGGAGGCCAUAGGCUAACAGGGGGGGUCAAGCCAAAGAAAGCUGUCGUCAAACCUGACGUGGAAAUGAAACCGCUGUUUUGGACAAGGAUUUUGAUAUCAGGUUGGUUUUAAGAAAAAUGUGAUAUUACCACAGUUCUGCAAUAAAGAAAUAAACGAUUGAUCGGCAAACAGGUUUUAUUUCCAUUUAAAUUUGCGAGUUUGAGCAAGUCUUGUACAACUUGGAGGAUGAGAAAAAAAACUGCAAUUCGCAAGACCCUAUAAAAGUUACUUAUUACCAAGAUCAGACCAAAUCAACUUGUUAUGAUGCAAACUACGACCUCCUUGUUCAUGUUUUUUUUUUCUUUUUUUCUAGAUGAACAAGACGCUGGUGACGUGAACAAUAAUAAAUCCAAGAAAAAUAUUUGGAAACAUGUAAAAGAGAUGGACUUCAAUAGAAAAGAAUUCCAAAAGUAGGUGAUUUAGAAACAUCUCUGAAUCCAAACUUUUAAUCAGUGGCAAGGAUAAAAAUACGAGUACAAUUAACAACGGUUUAUCAGGUAUAAUCCUAUGGAAAAUGCUAAUCUUUUUUUAUCUUGUAGGUUAUUUGGGCGUAAAGUCAGCAAGAUAUCCAAAGGUGAUCCACGACGGAUCUCUCUCAAAGACGACAGCCAUUUCGCACACUCUAAAGGACAGCAAGUAAGUGGUUCCCAACUCACUUCAACAACGUUAACUUAAUCAAUUCUGCAAAUAUCUUUACUUAAAUCAGGUCAAAGUAGCCGACCAUUUAUUACAAGCACAUCCCCAAAUCGGAAAGAAAAAAUACGUUCGCUAUCAUGAGAACGAGGAUAUUCCAUUUUUAUGCCAAAACAUUCAAGCAACACGCUAGUCACGUCUAAAAUGACCAAGAGAUACGCAAAGUCUGAAAUAACCUGAGUGAGGCUCUUUCUGUGAAAAGGCCAAUUUGUCCGAUGGAGUCUCUUAGUUUGAUUGUCUUUUGGUUGUAACGUGUAUGUUCAGUUCAGUUACACGUGUCUUAUCUAAGUUUUUUGUGCCUAGGCCGCCAAGCUACUUGAUAAUGGCCGAUCACAGACGAUUGGUAUCAUCAUGAGCAGCCUGAGCUGUCAGUUGGAGGACAUUAAAGAAGCAGUGUACAAAAUGGACACCUCUGUCAUCGACAUGGAUGGGUAAGGCUAAUAUUCUACGCGUUUUCUGUUGUUUCAAAUCUUUACAUUCAAAAUAAACACUAAACUCGCACUCUUCGUAACUAAUAAUAAUUACUGUGUCAAUUACAUCUAGCAGUGAGGAAUCCCCAACGCUAAUAGGGGACACCUAAAUAGAACUAUCUAAAAUGAAUAAAAAAUCGAAAAAGAAACAGAUAAUAAAUAACAUAAUUCUGAAUGAAAUUUACAAAUGAUAUACAGAAAAAUCCGUUAAGAAAAAUAAAAAUUAUGUAUUGCAAAGAUUGCAGCCUCUACAUCCAUCUGAGGUGUUUCUGAAAUCAAGCCUGCGUAUCUGGGUCUUGAACUGCUUGAGACUGGCGGCCUAUCUUUCUUUAUGUGAUAACUUGCUCCAGAGUCUUAGGUCUAGAUAUCGAAUUGAAUGUUUUCCGCAUCUCUCUGCCGUAAACUGUAAGUGUGGCUUUGGUAAAAAAACAUGUUACAAAUAGUCCAGGAGCACAAAUUAUGUUUAACCUUAUACAUUAAAAUACACAUACCUUGUAGUCUCCUGUUAUACAAUGUUGGUAGCCUGGCUUUCUCUAAUGAUAAUCUCCACUCUAACACUUCACCCCUGGCUGCCACACCAGCUAUUAACUCACACCCCAUGCCUAGCGUCUCAGUUUUAGACUCAAGGUGACAAUUUUUUGAACCGAGGCGUUUCAUAACGUGAACUUUUACAUUGACGGUGUUGUACUCUGAUACCCUUAUCCUUUUUUUUUCUGUUCACAGACUAAAAGCGUUGUAUGACAUUCGCCCCAAGGCUGAAGAAAUCGAACUGAUCACAAAAUAUCAGCAAGAGAAUCCAAACAGUAAGCUUUUCUUCAGCGAUACAUUUUAACAAUGUCUUCCAUUUUGACGAAAAAGCAAUUUCUUAACUUGAACCGAUAACUGUCUCUAUUUGUGUUUCAGAGAUGAAAUUGCCUUUCUCAUAUACGUUUUUUUGUUUUUUGUUUUAGUUCCCCUCGACAAACCAGAGGAGUUCUUGUUUCAAAUGCACAAGAUGGACCACUUUGCAGAGCGCCUCGAAUGCUGGUUGUACAGGAAUAAAUUUACAGAGACCUUAACUGCCAUUGGUGAGCUUAUUUCUUGAAAGAUUUGAUCUUUAUGAAAGACGUAUAAAAACAUGUAUAUACUGACAAUAUAUGCAUUUCCCUUUUAUUAGACAGAAGAUUAUCCGCAAUUUGCGAGGCCAGCAGUUCACUACGUACAAAGUAAGUCCCGCCCUCAAAAUACGUUGCAUUGUUUUAACACCGGCGGUAAAUGAACGAGUGAGCUAGUAACAGGCUAUAUUCUGUUAGCUUUAAAACCGCAAUUUUAUGUGCAAGUCACCGUCAUGAAAUUUCCCAUUUUUCCCAACUUUUUUUUCCUUCUAACGACGCACCUUGUCAUUGGUUUCAGUGAAGACAUCUCAUUCGUUCUGUCCUUAAUCCUGACUCUGGGAAACUUCAUGAAUGGCGGAACAAACAGAGGACAGGCAGAUGGAUUCCAAUUGAGUGUGCUGAACAAAAUCAAAGAUGUCAAAACACAGGUGAAAGGACAUGAGUUGUGACAAAUAGUUGUAUUGAAAAUAAUGUCUUUUUUUCACCUAAUCAUGUCCUAACUAAAUACCAAUUCAAUCAAGAAAUUAUAACAGACAGAACCGAAGUAUUAGUUCUAGGACGUGUGAGAAUUUCAGUAAAUGCAAUUGAGAAAGUUCCACCCAUUGUAUCUUCACUCCUUUACGACUUAAGGAUUCCCCAAAACAUUUUUCAAUGUUAAGAUUGCACGAAGAUCAUCUCAACGUUUUGAUUCCUCUGCCUCACAUCCUAAGACGUCAAACCAGCUCACAAAAUGCUUAGUGGAAAUUUUAUAUGCGGAUGACUGACUGUAUUCGGUUUUUUUUUAGGACAAUGGAACAAAUCUUAUGAAAUACAUCGCUCAACUUUAUUGCGACAAGAAACACGGCGGCGAGACAGGGGAUUAUACUUUACCAGACCCCUACGCCAUCCUCGCUGCUGCUCAGGUAAAUUGGGUCGUUGUUGAUGAUGGAAGCAGCUGAUUUGUUAAUGCAAGCGUUUUAACCCAGUUUCUGCGCCAAGAUACGUGCUUUUCGAUUGUAUUCUACCCUUCAGGUCUUCACACCCUUUUCCCCUGUCCAUUUUAUCUCCUGGUUUAAGAAAAGACACCGCUGUAAAAGUUGAAUACUAUGCACUCUAAAAAAGUAUGCUUUAUGGACCUGACUCUUCAAUUUCCUGGUUUGCUUGAGAUCGAGGUCCAAACUAGAACUUUGUAGACCAGGAAAUUCAAAGUACGAACUAACUCAGUGAUGGAAAAGUUCUUUAUCUCUAAAAAUUUCUCUUUCGCUCCCUCAGGUUUCGUUUAAGGAUAUCAAAUCAGGUAACACAAUGUUCUUUCAGAGUUUUCAUUUAAAACUACAGAAAAUCCAGGCGAGUUGUCUGUCAGCAAUGAUACUUAUCUUAUCAUUUCGUUUCGCUUUUUCUUAGAACUUGCAGAAGCUAAGAUAUCUCUAGCAACCUGUAAAGCCAAAGUAAGUAACUUAUACUAAAUUUAUCUUAAGUUCGUAGCUAUUAAUUCGUAAAUGAAUUUGUUGUGUCGAACAUUGCAUCACUAUUAUAAACUUGAAAUCAAAGCUGUGCGCAAAAGUAAUUAAAGCUACAAAAUUAACUGGGAGGAUCGUCCCCGGUACUUUCCAGGAAUUGUUUGACUGGUGCCAGAUUGCAAGCGUUUCUAGAUACGGCUUUUUUCUUUAGUCUUUUAUGAUGCCUAUCCCUAUGAUUGCCUCUGACUCUCUUAUGCAACGUCUUAACACGAAUUCCCUUAACUCUUUACAUCCUGACAUCAGUAUGUAAGUUCGCCAUACUGCUCUCUAUAUACAUUUCCCAUGGUACUGACAAGGACAAUUUGUUUCACAAUCGAGAGCUUCGUGAGUUUGCGAUCAUUUCUACUAUUCCCAUGACCUUAGCGUCUGACCCAGUGGGUAAAUACAGUUGGGAGAAACUAGAUGCUGAUCACCCUGAAUUAAGAGGUUCUUCCAUUUGGUUAUUUUCUUCCAUUUUUUCAAUCCAUAUCCUUUAAAUUACAGUGAUAUUAUCACGGAUAGACGAACUUAGGAUUUACUCCAAAACCUUAUGACGGUUUCUAAGGAGAUUUUUUUGUUUGCAGUCUGAGAUGGUACUUGGAGGUGGCAAUAAUGUGCACCGCGAGCCGUUUGAAAGUUUUGUCAAAGAAUAUCUUCACACCGGUGAGAAUAGAAACGAAAAUAGAAUUAACGACAUCAGUAAAAUGUCUUUUUUUAGAACCGGUCAUUAUUGAUCGCCUGAAGGGGGGUCGGAAGAUUUUGGUUUUGUCAGGGUAAAUUUACCCGAUCUUCUCACAGGGUUCUAUAAUUUUCUUAUAAUUCCCCUUCCCCCCCUUCCCCCUUCCCCCUCCCCUUCCCCUUCCCCUUCCCCUUCCCCCCCCCCCCUUCCCCUUCCCCCCCCCCUUCCCCUUCCCCCCUUCCUAAUUGGCAGUUAAUUUUCUAUAGCCUCCAUCUGUACCCAUCUAUACUCUGUUGGCAGUGACUGAUCCCCUUCCCGUCUCCCCUGAAAACCAUGUCAUUCCCCAAAGAUCCUCUGACCUCCCCCCCCCCCAGGCAAUAAUGAUGAGAUCAUAUCAGUCAUACGUAUCUGACUGAUAACUCUAAGUUGGUGGUAACGCUGACGAAAACUCCUUUUUACCUGAUGUCAGGUUUCAAUGAAAUCUCACUCAUUUGGAUAAGUCAGGCAUUUAUGACUAAAAUCUCUAAUCUAACAACCAGGCGAAAAAGAACUUGAACGUAUACAAAACAAGCUUCAAGCCACAUUGGAAGAUUUCAAGGAAGUUGUUGAUUAUUUUCAGUACACCGGAGAAGGAGAAGAGGUAAAUCUGCCUUUUGUUUUAAUUGUUUUCUACGUUGUUGUUAUUAUUUACCUCCAUCGUGAGUCAUACCUCAAAAUAUUCACUCGAUGAGAAGGGCAAACACAAAAGAGGCAACAAUGAUGUGAAGCAAACAAAGGAUGGCAAAAGAUUAAGAAAAAUUAGACAGCUUUUGAAUGACAAACUUGUUAAAAUGUGGGCUAAGUUUUUCAAGACGAACAAACCAUGACAUACCUCUUUAAUGUGUCUUAAUAGUGUUUUUGCUUCGUUUUUUUCUUGUUUUUCAGGUUACUCCGCCUCUAUUUUUCGGUAUCUGGGGGAACUUCUUGGAGAUUUUCAAGAAUUUUUGGAAGGUAAGUAAUAUCGCGCAUUAUAAUUGGACGAGACUCUCACGAGGGUCAGUUACCAGUCUCCCACUGAACGUUGGGAGUUAUUUUUAAUCCUGACAUCUAAAAAUGUAUGUUAAAGAAUACGAAACCUAAAAUCCAUAAAAUCAUAUUUCCCAUAAUGUGCGCUUCUUUGGUGAAGUUUGUCACACUUCAGUGUGCCUGUAAUUUCUCAUUUCCGUGUGGUAAUACUAAUGAGCUUUGAUACCACUAAAAGAAGGUCGCACGUCCAGUCAUCUUUCCUUUUCACAACGUGUUUUGGAGUAGUUUGUUUUCCUUCUGUCCUUGUGAUUUUUUGGGACAUAAUGUUUAAAGCACUAAAGAUAACCAGACAGCUAACAUUAAACGUAAAAUGUGCAAGAAGCUAGCUAUUCUCUGAUAUGGUACAAUCUUCAUUGGAUUUUUUAACAUUUUGAUUAUUUUCUUCGUACUCUUUUUUGCUGUUACAAUGUUCCAGUAAUGUUUCCGAGGUGUCUCUGAGCUGCUCAUCUGUUUUAACAGUUCAAAACCUGUGACAGUUACUAACUCACCCAACUGCAUUUGGUUUUAAUGCUAAUGGCUAAUAUUGGGCAAUUGCUUUCGAAAUAUUAUUGCGCUAACAUUGCUUCUCUCUUCAGCCUGAUACGGGAGAGUCCGUAGAAGCUAAUGAAAAAUCAGUACAGAUGACUAAGGUAGCUCAAAUUAACACUUGAAUACGACUUAACUUUAAAAACUGUUAUAAAAAUUUUAACAAAAAGUUACUGGAUAAAGUCCGCUGACAACAAACGGUAAUCGAAUAAUUGUAAACCUAAAUUAAAACUGAAAUGCAAUUUCUUUUGCGCGAUGUUGCUUGAUCUUUUGGCAUAUACUUUAAAACGAUAUGCAUUUAUCAAUACAAAGGCCAAUUGUCUUCCAGAACAUCGCUUUAAAGUCUUACGAACUUUGUUUUGAUUAAGAUUUAAACACUAAAUCUACAUCAAAAAAUUAAAUGGUACUUGACUGGAAACUUGAGAUCCGAGCUUUUAACAACCAAAUGAACUAAAUAACACAACUACGAUCAACUUUGAGUCAACGUGUUUGGUUUUUUUUUUCUUUUUUAAAGGCUGAGCAGAUCAAUCUUUCGAAAAGGUCCUUCUGUAAUGCAGAACAUCUUAAACAGGUAAGUUGUGACUACUUACGAGUAAGAAUUAAGGGGAAAGACACUUCCUACAAGAAUGAUGUUUGGAACAGUGCUAUUAAAAAAAAAUGACAUCGUACCCAGAUCCUACCAUAUGAACCGCUUAGCCUUGGAAGGUCUGGGCACGAGACUAGACAACUACAUUUACUUUCAUAUUGUCCAGAGACACCCCUCCCUCAGGCAGCACAAUAAAAGAAAAAACACUGGUUUUGAUUUAAGCUUUCUUUUAGCCUUUGUGGUACUCAUUACUGUUCUCACCAGAGCCUUAACAUUUAUUUUUCAGAUUAGAGCAACGGCAUCCAAGUUCAAGAAACGUCGCACCAGCGACUCGAAAGAUCCUAAGCGCAAAAUAUCAACUCCAUAAGAAAUUAUCUCCAAUCAGCGCACUUUUAUACACUGCAGACAUAGAUAAUUGAUAUGCAGAUAAAGACGAAGUAUUUAUCGGCAGAUUUCAGAUGAACAGUAUCCGAGAUGCAUAAAAUCUCUGUUUUAAAUCGAGGCUAAGCGCAAAGCUUUACUAUACCUUUUAUCACGCUUUCGUAACAAACGGGGGGUCAAAUACACCCUUGGCCGCAACCCCCCCCCCCUUCAAGCCACACCCUUACGUCAGGUAAGGUUUCAAGUACAUAUUACUGUGACUUUUAUCAGGAGAAACACUCAGUUGAUUAUCAAAUGACAGUUUCUUAUAUGUAAAUAAUAUUCAUGCGUACCAUACAUAUACCAUGAUAGUGAGGUUGUAUAAUCGUUCGAACACUAGUUCAAUCACCCUGACAGCACGAGACCUCCGUAUUAGUUUUUUGGAGGCUUCGUAAGACCAAUUUUCUUCUUAGUGUCGAAACUAUUCUGUGAUUGCACUGGUUUUGCUCAUGUUUUUUAGACUUCAUAACUGGACUAGAAAAAUCAAAGAUUCAAAACUGAAAACCAAUAGUGACCUGGUCAUUUGCGUUUUCCUACGUUUUAGGCCGUUAGAAACUUUUCCUUUAAUUUCUCAAAAGCUGGCUAAGAAAAGUUUGGUGCCAGCUCUACACAACUUUAAUCGAUAUGCGUUUUAAUGCAAAAGCAUUCUGCGUAUCCCAGCUCUGCAACUUUAGCUAAGCGGAGGCUAAUGUAAAUACAUGAAUGAGUUUCGCAUUUUUAUAUUAAUUUAUUGAUAGUGUUGUAGAAAAAACAUAAAAAAGACUCAAUACUUAUAGGUAGAAUAGCAUAUUUAAAAUCUUCAUGAGCAAAAUCAUUCAUUUAGCCAUUUUCAAAGUUAAAGCAAAAUUCAGCAUCUUAAUCGAUUGAGAGACCUGAAAACAGGCCUAGGUUUUGUCUUUGCUCCGUACAAGUUUCAAAAUAGCUACAGCUCAUACUUACAAGAGAAACGGUUAUAUAUGAGAUGAAUGAGCGUUAAAUCGUUUGUCUCACGAUUGAAGGGUCAGGCUAAUCAAUCAUGUAUUGAUCGUGAAGUUUCGACUGCUGUGCUGCUUGUCUUCGUCAAUCGACGAGGUCGAAAGUUCACGU